UGAUGUACGUUCAUAAUAUGAUUGUUUGAACGACUUCCUGUUCGAAAUCAUCGCGGCCAUUUCAGAUUGUCAGUUGAAUCAACGCAUUCACCAAAGACAGACCAACAUCACGAACCGAAUUUUUUCACUCCUCAUUUUCAAUGAUGAAAAUAGCAGCUUCGUUGUUGGUAGUGUUGGCCGUGGUUGGUUCCUCACAAUGUGCUCCCCAAUUCAGUUUCGGCGAUACUUUCCGACUUCUGAGUGAUGGUUUCGGUCGUUCUUCAUCCACUGACUCAAAUGUAGGAGGCACUAAUGGCAAUUCGGGUGGAUUGAGCGAUACCAUUGCCGCAUUGAUUGCGUCCAGGAUCGCCGGUGGAGAUGGAGGCAACAACAACAACAACAACGGUAAUCCAAGUGGCUUUCCCACGAGUUUGGAGGAUGGACUUCGACUACUCGCUUCUCAAGGAGGUCGUGUAGCUGGCGUGGUCAGAAAUACUCCCGAUGAUGUGUUAGAUGGCGUGGCUGGCGCUGUUGAGUCCGCCUCCGGAUCGAACACGCGGUUGCCGAGAUUGAAUGCCAAUUCCUUGGGAGAUCUGAUUGAACAAGGGUCCAGAAUCAUCCAAGACAACCCGCAAUUGGCCUUGUCUUUGAUUACGAACUUGGUAAAUCGGAACAACCAAGGAAAUUGAGUCGAUCAAAAUAAAUUGAAGCCUGAUUGUACUCUAACAUUCAAAAUUGUCCGAGUAAAGAUUUAUUUAGAAGGACCAUGGGCAAUAACUUUCUAUCAAACAGAUAACGCUUAUUACAAAUAAAAGUGCAAAACCAGCGGGGUUUGAAACGCAGGGAUAUUUCUUAACAACCUAUAGCCACACUUCAAAAUACCUAACUAUAGAGACAACAUAAGUAACAUCGUUGCAAUCAUAGCAAAGUCUCGUCUUUACCAACAACUCUGUGGUAAAGUUUGUGAGCAUACAGUACGUUCAUACACUUCAGAACCAGUUCUUUAUCUUCCAUCCGCCUACUGGACUCGUACGUAUUACUUGACUGUGUACUACAGAAACACAGACACUCCAAGCAUCCCACAUCAACUGUUAAGCUCAAUUGCACAUGUGAUUCGGACUCGGUGACCGUCUGUGAUAAAAAAAAGACACAAUCCAACAUGCCAUUCGUGAAGGUUCUCACUAAUUUGAGUCGCAACCAACUUCCGAUUAAUUUUAUGCCCCAAUUCUGCCAAUAUCUAUCCGGGGUCCUGGAAAAGCCACCACAUCUCAUGAAAUGGGCCUUGGAGACCGACAAAAUGAUGGCCAUGGGCUGUGAAUUGGAUGGGGCGAGCAAGAACUACUUGUUGGUGGAAAUCGAAUCGAUUGCCGUGUUCAAACAGCCCGAGGACUGUGCGAAGUUCGUGCCCAAGAUAUUUGACUACGUCACAAAAGAGACCCAAUUGAGCCAGUCAGAGGUGGCAACCAAAUUCAGAGACUUGGAGGCUUUCCACGUCGGAUCGGAUGGAAUGACAAUGACGCAGAAGUUGGCAUUGGCUGCUGCUAAAUAGACUUGAAAGACAAUGUAGUUCAAUGUGCUCGUUGAAUCAAAAGAAAAACGUGUUAAUAAAUUUUUUUAUGUUGCUA